AUGGUUCUGUUGCCGCCGAACGCGGACGAGGACGUCACCCGACCGGGGACGUCACCGUCCGCCGCCAGCACGGAGCUUGCCAGUGAGGCCGCUCCGGUGAAGGUGGAAACCAGCACCACCAACAGUAAUCCUCGGCCAUCAUCGGCCCCGAAGGACGACGGGGCGCAGGAAACACCACCACCGUCACCACCGACCACCACCACGACACAAUCAUCCGCGAGGCGCUCGGUGCCAUUCCUGGCCCGGCCACUGUCACCGUACCGGCCGAGCCAUGCACCGCUCAGCCUGGUUAACCCUUGCAUCACGUGUAACCUCUGCAAGGGUUACCUGAUCGAUGCAACGACGAUCGUCGAGUGUUUACAUUCAUUCUGCCAUAGUUGCAUAAUGAAACACUUGCGCACCGAACAGUACUGUCCGCAGUGCGAAAUGAUGAUCAACAAAGCGAAGCCCAACAUCAAACCGGAUGCAACCCUUCAGGCGAUCGUGUACAAAUUGGUUCCGGGGCUGUACGAGAACGAGCUGCGGCGGCGGCGCGCCUUCUACCGGUUGCACCCGGAAAUGGCCGCCAUCGCGACACCAGAGCAGCGCGGCGAUGACACGGAGCAUCUUAUCUUUGGCCCGAACGAGAAGAUAUCGCUAUCGCUGGAGUACGCCGAAAAGGAACUGGCGCAGGACAACGAGGAGCUACUGACACCGAAGUAUCUGCUCUGUCCGGCACUCUUCUCCGUGGCGCACCUGAAGAAGUUCAUCGUCUUCAAGUACGGCAUCUCGGAGCGCCAGUUCUGCGUGGAGAUCAUGUACAAGGUGAAGACGAUCAUCCUGCCCGACUACUACACGCUGAUGGACGUGGCGUACAUCUACACCUGGAAGCGGGAUGCCCCGAUGAAGUACUUCUUUCGCAUCCGAACCACGGAAGUGUAUCCGAUCGAGCUGGCGGACAUUCCGUUCCACCGGCGGCCGAGCGUCGCCAGUGGCGGUGGCGACAGUAGCACCAGCGAGACGGUCGUGUCGCACGACACGAAGGAGGACGACGAGGACGACAAGGAGAACAUUUCGCAUCACCAGCAUCAGCGGGGAGCGGUGACGGGGCCACCUACCACGGAUACUGCACCCCCUGUGCCAAGUUCCGGGAGUGUCAAGGCUGCGCAGCGACGUCGGAAUGAGCUCCCGAAUGGUGGUGGAUCCGCUCCGGAUCAACCCGCUGUCAAACCUCCGCAGAGACCGGAUACACCGAAUCCGCACAAAACACUGGGUGGAGCUGCUGAGCCCUCGACCGGGACCAGCACGUCGGGCACACCGAUGGUGCCGCGAAAGAAUGAAGCGAUCAAGCUGAAGAUCGAGCUGAACAAGAACAAAUACAUCAGCAUUCUGCAAAGUCCGCAGGCGGACAUACCGGUUGCCCGGCCGGACAAGCCGGAGAAAGUGAAGCGAAAGAAGUCUGACAGCAGUGGUGGCCGUUCCUCAUCGCCUUCUGCUUCUUCCUCCUCGUCGACGGCCGCCGGUAACGGUUCGGAGUUGAAGAUGAAGAUCGGCAAGAUCAAGUACCCGGCGGCCAAGGAGGGUAAGGGUGGCCGAAAGUCAAGCCCACCGUACAAGGUGGAGCAGCUCAGUUUGGGUUGCUUCGAAACAAUGGCCGACGAAGGCAAGAAGGGAUCCAAGAGCUUGUCACUGUCCUCUGGGUCCAAGAAGCUGAAGCCGGCGAAGUACCACCACCCGAUCGUGCUGAAGAUUGACCAGCGCACCCCGGACAUGGCCACCUCGACGCUCAAGUUCGGCAUGAGCCCGAAGGACGCAAAGUCCAAGACGCCAUCACCGCCACCGCCACUCCCACCGAUGCCACCGUCCCCGCCGGAGGUGGUCAACAAGUUCCAGGACGCCAAGUCGCAGUUUCUGAACGAGUUCAACCUGGCACCGAUCAACUCCACCGGACGGUCGGACGACGAGAAACCCCAGGAAUCGGUUGGCGGUAAUCGGACGACUUCCGGAACACGGACCGACGCGGCGCCGAAGGCGGGAAGUUCCUCUCCUCCGUCGAAACCGGUGGCCGCGGUGAAAGUGGCUGCCACGAACGGGGCCACUAUGGCCUCCCCGACGGCCUCGUUGAAGCGCAAACCGAAGGAUUGUGCGCAGCGUCCGGGGCCGAAGAAACCCAAACUGUCGGACGAAGAGGUGAAGGCACUCGUGGAGAAAACGGUCGCCGAAAACAUCAACUCCCCGCGCGGUUGCAUGCUGUCGAUGAGCUACUUCAAACCGACCGCCCCAGGGGCGGGUCGUCCACCAUCGAUUUCCCCUCCGAUCGGCACCGUGACCGGCGAAGAUCGAUCGGGUCCCAAAAAGUCGAAGAUUUUAGCCACCGCGACCGCGGCGAAGUCGGGCCCUCCGCGCAGUACGUUAACGUUCCGGACCCCGAUGAUGCCACCGCCACCGGCACCACCGUCGCCUCCGAUCGUGUGCGCCAGUAACAUUCCGGCCGUGAAGCCGACGCAACAGAUCGUCAUUCCGGCGCCCGUUCCGCUGAAGCCCGAUCCGGUGGAGUAUCGGAAGGAGAAGACCCCGGCCGACGACGGUAUGCCCACGUUGAUGAAGCAACCGUUGGUGAUCCCGCAGCGGCGGCCCACGAUGCCGACCAAGCUGCCGACCUCGAAUGCAACCUCCACCACCGGGACACCCAAAGGGCCACCGAGUGCCAAACCAUCGAAGCCACUGGAGUUGAAGCGUGCCCAGAACAACCCGUCGAUCAACAUCAAUCCGCCGGCCGGAGCGCGGGACACCGAGAUCAGUAAGCUGCGUCCGGAGGACAUCAAGAAGAACGUGAAGGUGUACGGUCCGCCGGCCGAUCCGAAGCCACCCCAGGCCCGAAGCGACGGCUUUGCGGUUCCCACGAAGACGGCCCCAAAGGCGGCCAGCAGCAGCACUUCGUCCAGUGCCUCGUCUACGGUCGGUGGCCACAACAAGGUACGGCCGGUGAACUACCUAAACUACGCACCGUUCAACAGCAAGACGGCCCCGGCCGGCUCCCGGACCCCGAUCCCGUCGUACUCGCCGAGCUACUCGCCCGAUUCGCCGCAGUACAAUCCGAACUUUAGCAUCUCCACCAAGCAGUUCCGGUACGCGAACCCGCUGGCGUACAACAACUACCUGCAGAACAUGCUGAGCGAUCGCGACCGCAAGUCCGGUGGCGAGCCAAGCGUGUCGCCUCCGUUGCCACUGUCCCCGGCGACUUCUCCCGCGUCUUCGCCAUCACCUCCGCACCCGCAGCUGGUCGAUACAGGCGUAACCAAACCCGCCACCAAACCCGCGCCGGCCGAUCGCAAACGGCCUGCAUCGGCGAUGAGCCCCGAAAGCAGCAGCUCCACGGCGUCCCCCACUAGCAUCGGAGCUACGGAGCCAGCGGAAAAGAAACCGAUCGUGCAGUCGCUCCUGACCAAGAUCAACAUCCCGUCGUCGCUGUCGAUCACACUCGCCACCGAGGAGGACGAGGUCGCCCGGCAAACCGCGCGGAAGAUGCGCGAAAGCGAUCCGGCCCACAACCACAUCCAGAUCGUGAAGCUGCCCGAAAUCCCCAUUACCGAGGUGGCCCUCACCACGUCGGGCCCCUCGUCCACGGCGUCCGUUUCGGUGAGCUCGGGGCUGGCCGUAACCAUUACGCCGGCGGCGAUCACGACGACCAGUCUGCUGAACGAUCGAAGGACACCUCCCCAACAGCCAACGCCGAUGAAGCUAUCACCUGGCGCCGGCAGCGACACUGCGGGCAAGAAGGACGACGGCAAGGUCGGCUCACCACCCGGCACAUCGCGGAAGUCACCGGAGGCAGGCCAGCCCGAAGGGUACCAGCAAAAGUUCCUGGAUUCGAUCGAAAAGAAGCCAUCAUCCGGCAAGGCGGCGGGACCGGCUUCCGGUCUGUUGGUCAAGUAUGGCGCAAAGGAUACGGACGCCCCGUCCACGGUCGUUACCGUGGCUUCUCCGUCGCCCGCCGGCAAGCCGUCGACCCCGUGCACGACGGCACCUUCCUCCGCCUCCGGGGCUCGCUUCAAGCAUCCGAAUGCCACCGUCUUUAGCAACGGCAUCGUGAUGCUGACCAGCUACCCCGAAGGUGAUGGUCUGUCCUCGAAGGGAGGGAAAGGCCGCCCUUCGACCACUACCGCUAGCCCUACCAACACGACCACCUCCACCACCACCACCACGGGAACGGGCAGCUCGGCCAAAGGUCUGAUGCCUCCUCCGAAGACGGCUGGACUCGGUGCACCGAAGACGACCACCACCGAUGCGUCCAGUGCCCCGCCACCGCCGCACCCGAAGGCCAUCUCUCCACCGAUCAUGCCCAAGAAGUCGAUCACACCCCCCGCCGGUCUGUCGCUGCACAAGAGCAAGGCUCCGCAGCCACCGAACGUGCCGUCGAUGGCCUCGAUGGGUCCGAUGUUCGGCAUCCAGAUGAAAUCGGACGCGAACGCCGCCAUCCUGGCGGCCUCGUCCGCCUCUUCGUCGACGUCCACCACGACGUCGCCCAUGCCGACCACCGCCGUGAGACGCCAGUCGGUGGGUGGUACCGCGAGUGUACCGCGCCGGAAGAUCGUGCCCACCAACAAUAGCACCUCGUUGGUGCCGCUCAAAACCUCACCACCUUCGUCCGGCUCGAAGACGGCAUCGGCGACCGGCGCCAACUCGAACACUGCCGACUACAUCACGCUGACCCCGCAGACGUCGAAGGCAGCGCAUCCGAUGCUGAUGCCACCACCACCACCGGUGUCCGCAAGCCCAGCGUACGGCGGACCCUCGAACGCCACCAUGUUGUACGAGCUGCUGAAGGCCCAGCACCACCAGAACCAGCAGCAGGCGGCUUUCGCUAGCCUGAUGGACAGCACGCUCAUGAUGAAGCACUACAACCUGCUGAUGCAGCAACUGUCCCAGAACUCGCACAACGGCCUCGGUCAGGAUUCGCUCACGAUCACGACGUCCCCGCUUCCUGGAGGGAGACCAUCACCGGCGGCGGCCGCUCACCAUCAUCAGGCCAUGUUGCAGAUGUAG